AUGUCUAGCGCCAAAAAGAAGUCAAUUCUCGUGACAUGUCCCCAGUGUGACGCCGUCCUCCUCACAAAAGACUCCAAUCGACAUCAGGAUUUUUGUGGAAAAUCGGCAGAGGAAUCGGAGAUUUCUUGUGCUCGAAACGGUGUACUUCGUGGAUUCAACGUGGCAAUCGAUAAGGCGGAGAGCUUUUUGCCGCCGGAUGCUGUCGGAUGGGAGAAGGAACACUCGAUCCUAAUCAACCAACAAACAAUGGAAACCCUCGGUCUGCUCGCCCGUCAACCCGUCCGAAUCCGUUAUUCUGACGACGUGUUCAUCGGAAUCGUGUGGCCGUGUAAAGAAGUGGCACUUCUCAAAAUCUCAAUUCUCUCCACAAGAAUCCCUCGGGAACGAAUGAUUACAAUGGAGACUCUCAACUCAAUUGACACCGUGACGUCACUCGGGAUUACUGUAGAAUCUACGUUGCGAGUUACUGUAGCGUUGAAAGGGUUUCUGGAAGCCUAUUUGAGUCAUUCUUAUCUGGAAUAUGGGCUUCCGGUAGUGCUGAAAUAUUUGGGUCAAAUUGUGAAAGUCAUUCCGGAGGAGCCGAUUGAGCAGAGGAUCGGAAGGAUGGGUCUCGACGCGAAGAGCCGACCUACAGUAAUCUCCACCAGUGUGGAUUUUAGGAUUCAGAUUCUGAAUUCUGGAACCAGUUCUGAAACCACGUCAUCUGAAUCCCCUAAACCCCAAAUAACGGAUUUAUCCAACAUCGGGGGCGCCUUCGGCGCGAAACGCAUCCUCACCGAUUACGUCAUCACGCCCGUCCUCCACCGCCACGAACCACCAUGCUCCGUGCUCAUUUGGGGACUCCCUGGAAGUGGAAAGACCCUUUUACUCCAGGAAUUAUCACGAGUACUUUCUGGAAAUGUUACGUAUAUUGGGAGUUGUGAUGAGCUCGUUGAGUUGGGUGGAGACGUCACUGGGCAGGUGGUGAUUGUCGAUUUGAAUGAGGUGGAGAAGGAGAAUUCGAAAGUGAAUCACGCGUUGGGGAAGUUGUUGGCUGAGGAGAAGACGUGCGUGAUUCUCUGCGUCCGCUCAUCUGAAUCCCUGGACCUCGGAUUCCGUGUCCGUUUCCCCGUCGAAGCGGAAAUCACGGUUCCAACUCAAGAAGAACGUCUCGAAAUUCUCUCAAAAAUCUCUGCAAAUUUCAACAAUUUUCCUCCCGAAAAUCAUCUAGAAAUCGCUCGUCACACGCAUGGAUUCACGGGUGGAGACCUCUGUUCGCUUCUGAAGGCGUCACGAUUCGCUCGGGGAGACACGCCGUUGGAUCGGGUGAAUGACGCGAAAAAAAGGAUUCGACCGACUGGAAUUCGUCAAUUUAUUCUGGAAGUUCCGAAUGUUUCGUGGCAAGAUAUCGGAGGGAACGAGGAAUUGAAACUGGAAAUUCAACAGGCUGUAAUCUGGCCACAGAAGCAUCCAGAAGCAUUCGAAAGGUUCGGAAUUGACCCGCCCGCCGGAAUUCUACUAUACGGACCGCCCGGUUGUUCGAAGACUUUGAUUGCGAGGGCGCUGGCGAACGAGGCGAAAAUGAAUUUUCUGGCGGUGAAAGGGCCUGAAUUAUUCAGUAAAUGGGUUGGAGACUCGGAAAAAGCGAUUAGAGAUUUGUUCUCGAGAGCCCGUCAAGUUGCUCCGACAAUCGUGUUUUUUGAUGAAAUUGAUGCGGUUGGAAGUUCAAGAGGAUCUGAGAAAAGUUCGGGGGUUUCUGAUAGAGUUUUGGCACAGUUGUUGACUGAAUUGGAUGGAUUGGAGAAGUCGAGUCGAGUGGUUUUGUUGGCGGCGACGAAUCGACCUGAUCAGUUGGAUAGUGCGCUCUUGAGACCUGGCCGCCUGGACCGUGCAAUCUACGUGGGUCUCCCCUGUGAAGUGACUCGAAGAGCAAUCCUCGAAAUGCGAACCCGAAAAAUGAAAUUCGAAGAUCCGACGUCGACAAUUCAGAAGCUCGUCGAGAAGACGUCCGGAUAUUCUGGAGCCGAAUUGGUGGCCGUCUGUCGGACCGCCGCAAUGUUUGCAAUGAGAGAAAGUAUCGAAGCGAGUGUCGUCCAGUGGAAACAUUUCGAGGAGGCGUUGGUCGCUGUCGUCUCUCGAACCGAAGCGUAUCUUCUGGAGAUUUAUGAGGAUUUCAAGGCGGGAAGGACUUCUAAUGCAUGA